CCCACUGCGCAGGCGCAGGAGUGAAGCAAGAUGGCGGCCCCCGUGGAUUUGGAGUUGAAGAAGGCCUUCACAGAGCUUCAAGCCAAAGUGAUUGACACUCAACAGAAGGUGAAGCUUGCAGACAUACAGAUUGAACAGCUAAACAGAACGAAAAAGCAUGCACAUCUUACAGAUACAGAGAUUAUGACUUUGGUAGAUGAGACUAACAUGUAUGAAGGUGUAGGAAGAAUGUUUAUUCUUCAAUCCAAGGAGGCAAUUCAUAAUCAGCUGUUAGAGAAACAGAAGAUAGCAGAAGAAAAAAUUAAAGAAUUGGAACAGAAAAAAUCCUACCUGGAGCGGAGUGUGAAGGAAGCUGAGGACAAUAUCCGGGAGAUGCUGAUGGCACGAAGGGCACAGUAGGAAGCCUCUAGGGAAGCUCUUCCUCCUGACCCCUGCCAUUCCUGGCCAGGGGCCUGUAUAGGGAAACUGCUUCUGCUUUGCCUGAUGGACGUUUUAUCUGGAUGGUCUGGUAACCCUGUGUUUUAUGCAUCACCUGGAACCCCUUUCAGAUCCCAUCCCUGUAUUUUUUAUCCUGGCUCUGCCUGCCACCCUUCUUCCCUGGGGGUGAGUCAUGAACCCCCAGGAGAAGGAAGAUGGGAGCCGGGACAGAUAGGAGAGCUCUUCCUGGGCCUACGACUAGUCACGCUGGUCAGACCAAUAAAAGACAUCUGUCCCAC